UUUCUGAAGUUCAUUCUGAUUUAUGUCUAAAACAUUUGCAGGUUUCUUUCAGUUUCACAUACUGUGAAGAACAGUUGUAGAAACAAAUCAAAGUUAAACAGAUAAUGCCAGCAAUGAGAUUCUGAAUAUAAUUUCCAACAAGAUUUUUUUUUGACCUGGAAAUAUAGCUGUUUCACAGUGCUUUCAGCUUGUUUCUUGUGUCUUUCUAAGUGCAUUAAAUGGUUAAUUUAGUAUUCAUCAUAAAUAUUUUGACAUAUCUACUUGUAAAUGGAUUGUGAUAGUCAUUCAGAUGAAGUGAUUAAUGUGGUUUGUUUAAAUGUGGCAAUGAGUAGAAUAUGUAGCUCUAAAUACAAAGGUAUUUGUCCUUUAAGCAAAGGCAGGAAUUGACAGUAGAUUUUAGUUGUGCAUGCUUUACUUAUCCUAAGUGAAUAUUUUAUUAUCUAACCUAGUACUUAUUUAAGAAAAAAAAUGAAACCACUUUUUACUUGUAUUUUUGGGGUGUUGUGUUUGUGGUUAUUUUUGUUGUUGAUAGAUGCUUUGGGGGUUUUUUGAAAGUUCUGUAGAAAGUCUGUGCAUUGUUAUCUUUCCAGAGCAUUUCUCUGUGAAUACCAGCACAACUGAAGGGCUGGAAGUGAUGGGAUUUUUCAGAGGCGUCUCUGAAAUCCCUUCAGACCUAUUUCAUUUUUUAGCAGUGAAACAAACCAAAUCCCACAACAUGAUUUUUAUCCCUGAUCCAAAAAUUAAACAAUUAGCGUCAUCUAAAAUAAUGGGAAACUGCAGAGUAGUUUGAGGUUUAUUUGGCUUUGACACGGACUUUGUGUCAUCCUCUGGGGGAAGCUUUUCAAACGUCUGUUCUUUGGAAAAUGUCUAUGGUUACAUGGUAUCAAUCUCUUUUCCUUUUAAAAUCAUGGCCUCUGGAAGCUUGUGACUACUAGGAUUCCCAGGAUCCCCCUUGCUCUCCUUCCCAUGUCCCAGUUUCUCAAACAGCAUGCAAAUACUGAGAAAAAAAGUGUGUAUUCAGUCUUAAAACCUGGAAAACAGGUCUUAGCCCAGACUUAAGACUUGUCAGACUUAUGUGAUUCUUUUUAAUACUCACUUGUGACUUGACAGGAGUCCAAAUGCAGUGUUUAAAAUUAUUCUACAAAAAUACAGACUAGUAAUUUUUUUAAAUCUCAUAUAUGUAAUUAAGCUGUGAAUAAUACCUUCCAUGUGUUGGACUAAUAAAGAAGACAGUUUAGAAUUAUGACUCUACUAAUAACUGAAGAUUAAAUACACUUUCUUCCUAAAGGAGAAAGCAUUGUUCUUGGGCAGCAAAGCUUGCUUUUUCGUUUUUUAUCACUUUUUUCUUUUGCGUUCUUUUUGAAGAUGAAGCAACGAGCAUGCACACUAAAAUGCUUGUUCAUUCUUUGUCAGCAUAAUGUGAAUCAGCAGCUAUUAACCACUGUAGGCAUUCAUCUGUAAUAUAACUAUUUCCUUAAAAGGAGAGAGAGCUGGGGGCAAGGACAGAGAGAUAAAAUUGUAGAAAAAAGCCUUUGCAAUGUGUUUUGAAUGAGCUGUAUCUUAUCUAAACUGUCUUGUUUUAGCAGUAGUAAAUUAUAGUUGUCACUUUGGACUUCACAUGUGUGGAUGACAGAACUUUUUUUGUAGGCUAAAGUGGUGAUAAGGAAAUUCCUGGUCACAGAGGCACGGUGAGAUCCUGCUGGAUAGGAAUGGCUGCUCUGCAAGGCUUACUGGAGUGCUGGGUCCUGAGCUGUCCAGAAGAGGGAGAGUGUCAAGUGGUUUCUGUAUCAAAACCUUCUCCCGUUUACUCUGCUCUUCAGUCUGUUUUUUCCUGAAUUUGAAAAAACUGUAGUUUGGAGGGGAAAAAAUAAUUUGGAAGACAAACUUUGAUAUGCAGAGAUGGAUGCUGCCUCUAGAUUUGGUGUUCCCAGUGCAUCUUGGUGACCAUUAGAUACUAUAAUUUAAUUUUCCAGGUCCUUGGAUUUAGCACAUAGAGUGAAGAUUGUAAAAUGUAAAUAGCUGUUUUUCCUGAAAGUCUGAGUCUUCAAAGUAGUAAAGAUAUGACUGUCAAAGAUUUUCAUGGGUUUCUGUGCUCUGAUUUAGUAUUUUUAAUGACACUUGAAACAUUCAGAAUGUUCAAAAAGCGUUUUGGUAAAGAUAUAUGCAAAUGUGCGUGCUUUUGUCACCUUAAAUGACAAUUUGAUGCCUUUUAGCUUCCUUCAACUCUUCCAGGACACUUAUUUGUCCACAGGAUGUUGAGUGUCCUCUUACAUGUGGUGGUGGUGCUGAGCUUGGAUGAAAGUUUGUCUGCCUUGUGUGAGAUUUUUGUGUGGAUGAGGAAUACAUCACACUAUUUUGGGUUCUACUCUGGUACUCUGUUCCUACUCUUGUACUCUACAUGCAGUGGAUACGUUCCUCAACAAGCUUACCUGUUUUACUGCUAUUUUCUUCUGUAACUUAGUUCCUUAUAGCUUUAGCUUUGCCUGGUUUCAACCAUCAUGAGUCUCAUCUUCGGAAUACUUUUUUUUUUUUUUAACUAUCAAUGGGGAGACUUUAUGGUUUACCUGAGAAUCUACAUCAAGUGACUCUAAAGCGGAGACUGUGGUGGAAGGAGGUAAAGGAUUUUAUAUCUACCUUUAUUCUCCAGUCAGCUGGUAAAGAGCAGUAAUUGUUACCAGGUGUAAGCAGUCAGAUGAGCAAACCUGCAGCCUAAUUUUAAAGUACCUUACAUUCACUGUACCUCACUAUUACCUUCCUGUAAUAAUGUAGUGAAUGACUUUGAAUGCAUGAGAAAAAUGAGCCUUGGAUGAGAUGUGUAUUUUACAAGGAGUCCUAAUGAGCAUUUUGCUCGGGUCUCUAUACUGUGUACUUAAAAGAAACAUGUAUUCCUUCUUUAAAUGUGGUUGCACUACUGAUUUCCAUUAACAUAAGUAUUUAUAUGUUCUUCAGAAAAAAUAAAUAUAUAUAGUCAUUUGGAUCGAGACAUGUCUAAAUUUACUGAAGAUAUGGUAAUUUUGGAGGUAACUGUUGGGCAUAAUUUUCAUAAUUGUAUACUAGUAGGGAGAAAAAAAUUGAGUUACUUCUCUUUGAUAAAGCAGAAUAAAGUUUUAUAGCUGGUACUUAGGAGGAAAUAUUUUUGUCCUUAUGCAAAAUAUUAUUUAUCUCAAGAUCACUGGUAAAGAAUGAAAACUUUGUAGUAGCAGACUUGGUUGUGUUCUCAAAGCAGAACUUGAUUGGUUGUGCUUCAGGUGUUCCUGUAGGUUUUAUACUAGCAUGUGUGUAUGCUUACAUUCACAUUCAUUUUUUCAUUUUCAGUCUCAAGAGUAUGAGAUUAUUAGGUGUGCAGGGUUUCAGGUGAGAGGAAUUUGAAGAAUGCUCACACUACUAGUUUUCUUCCACAAACCGAGGAUUUGUAGAGUGAGCUUUCAUGGUGUUACUUCUUUAAUCCUUCCAACCUCUGUUAUGAGAACUAUUUUAAAUUUUGGAAGAUCUUUCUGGACUCUCCAUAUUUCUUAUGGCAAUGUCUGUUACAAAUAUCUAUUUGUUAUUGUUUGUAGUAUCGAUUUUCCUUUUUAAUACCUGGCUGCUGAUAUUAUUUCCGAAAGUGGUAAAAAGAGCCUGAUAAGUAAUAUUUGUAGAAAAUUCAAUUAUGUAAAAUGGACAGAAAAGCCUAGAAGGCCUAUUCUCAUGACAGUUGUAGCAAAAACUUGUAAGUUUAAUUGAAUUGCUUUCUCUGCUUCAUACCUUUUCCCUUCUUUGUCCACCCAAUCAUAAAUAAAACUAAUUUUAAGAAUUCUGAGUGGUCUAGAAGAACAGUUAUAGUAGAAGAGAAAUUUAACCAUUCACAGAAGAGAUGUACUUUUUCUCUUUGCUGCGACAGGAACCAUUCUUGUUGUGGAUGUGUGUAGAACAAAUCUAGUUAUAGAGAAGGUAUUUUGUACUCUCGAUGCUGUGGAAAAUCGGGUUGGCUGUCAUGACAGAUACUAUCAUAAAUGUGGUAUCCUGCCCUAAUUACACAACUGGAAAACAGAAUUCAGACAUUCACAAGUUUGACCUCUGUUAGUUCUUAAGUGUAACAGCUUUUAACAGUGGUUGCAUUUUCUCUUUCCCAUUUCAUGCUUUUGUUUUCACCGGCAUUUUCGGUUUUCUGAUGUUUUACCUUUGGAUUUUUUUAAUUGUAUUUGAAUACCUAAAUUUUACAAAGACUGAGACAAAUUUAAUGUUUGAGGGUAGUGUGGGAGUGGUAUUUUUGUUUUGUGGGGUUUUUUAAGGGUUCUCCUAAUGUUUGAAAUGCUUAUUAAGUGCUGCAUGCUAUAUUUUGGAUACUUCAAACUUGUCAUCCUGUUUAAAUGUAGAGGGGACAUAACUUGGCUGAUGAAGUCCUCACAAUUAGGAGGUACAACAUUCUGUCAGAGUAAAGUGUUAAAUGGAGUUAUGCUCAAACUAAGUAUUUCAUUCACUUCUCAAGAAACAGAAGGUAGUGUUUCAGUGUGGAAAGCUUAUUUUUUUUUUCCUGGCAGCUGAAAUAUUGAAAGCUUUCCCUCAGUGCUCCAAGUAGUCCACAAGCUGCUUUGAAAGGAUGGUGUGCGUCUCACAGAGAUAAAAGAGAAGGACAGUUAACUCUUCUUUGCAUUAAUUUUUCUGUAAAUAUACAAAUAGAAAUAAACUACUGUUCCUUUUAGCCUUCUGUGCUAGAGAAGUAUAGUGAACUGAACUGGAUAUUGGAAUUAAUUAUUUAAUCAGGAAAAACCCAAAAGCAGCAUAUAUGAUAUGUGUUGUCUAUCUAAGAAGACAGAAAAAAAGAACAUUUUAAGGCUUGUCUUUAACUAUAGAUUCCCUCAUGAGUUUUGCCUAAGUGCUCACCCAGAAUAUGUCCUUGUCUAUAAUACUUCCCUGUGCUCCCCACCACUGUGGAUUUACUCUUCAAUCUUUCUGGUUUGUCCUCUGUUACUUUUUGGGGUUUUGAGUUUUUUUUUUACCUUGUAACAAAUACAUGAGUUAUACUUCAUUAAACUUUGUGUGCUGUAAGAUAUGAGCAAGAUGAUCAGUUAGGCUGUACAGCAAUCCAGUUAGGAAUAUAUAAUUUAUAUUGCACUAGUUACUUUUCAUAAGCUCUUCUAAAAAUAGAGUUUCAUGAAUAGCAGUUCCAUGAGGAAUAAUUUUGUUCCCCUGUAAAUUGACUGGAAAUUAAAUAUUUCCUAAGUUAAUGAAUCUGUAGUCUUGUUAUUAGGUAUAUGAAAACAUUUAAACUGUUUCCUUCCAAAAAUAAACCCUUUAAGAUUAACAGUGCAUGGCAUAUAGCACUUUCUCUACUGCUUCUUACAGAGAAAAACUCAGCUUUGUGGAACUUCAGGGAUUUUCCCCUCAAAACUUGUGUUUUCACCAUACAUUUGUACAUUUUGUUGGUGAAAUUAAGUGUACAGUGUUCCAUAAUGGAGUGGGACAGGCAGGUAAUGCUAAUGUGCUCUGCACUCCCUGGGGUCCAGACCAGUACUGUGCUGUUGCUGCCACUGGAAAUAGGGAUCUUUUUCUCUCUUUCUGUUCAAAAGUUCACUCAAAAUGCCCGUGUGCCGUGAAAAUAGCUUGAGCAGUGAGUAACCAGGAGCACAGCUGGCAGCGUGGUUGCUUUUUCCACAGUGUUUUUAAAUAUGUCCAUGCCCUGUGCACUCCCCAUGUUGUGAAAGUUUCCCCACACCUGAAACCUGAGGAUUUACACUGGCUACAGUUUCAUUAUUGUUGGGAACUGGCAGAUGGUGACAACCUCUGUUGAGCAAUAGAGCCAUGAGGUAGUCCCGUGUCAGCUGAAGUGAGUCUCCACAGCUGUGCUCAAUUACAGGAACUCUGGGGUCAAGUGUAAUCUGAAUGCUUGGCUUGUUAAGGUAUAAUGUGUCCUAGUAAUACCAUGUUUUCUUUGUAGGAUAAUUCCAAAUCUGAUUUAAGUGGUUUCUUGAUCGAGCAAGGACACUUCUUAAUAAUCUUUUUUCUUCCUUUUAAUUGGAAGCUAGGCUCAGUUGAAAGUGAAAUACAGUGUAAAGAUCAGAUUUGGAAAUACUUUCAAACUUUGCACUCUCUAGCAGAGCUGCCUUCUCCCUAGCCCUUCUAUUUUUCUGCAAAUUUAAGAAUCUUCAGAACCAUUAUAUAUGAGUUAUAUAUUUCAAGGUUUUAAAUAUUGUAUAAUAUUAACUGUUGUUUAUUAUCCAAUGAAUAGUGUUAUUUGAGAACUUUGUCAGAAGAGAGACAGUAUUCCAUUGCCAGGUGAUCUGAAUCAUAAUGAUCCAUUUGGAAAGCAAGCUUGUAAAAAGUAUGACAAAUCAAGUAGUCAUGGAAGAAAAGGGGGGGAAAAGUUUGUGUUAAGGCAGUUAGAGAAUUCACAUUUUAAAACACCAACCUACUAGAAAAUCAGGGUAUUUUGCCAAUGCCUGAUUGGUUUAGCAGACAAAAUACUUUUGAAAGAAGACAGAACACAUAUAUUUUUGACUGCAUUAGGUGAAUCAGUAAAAUGAAAUAGCUCGCAUAGUAUUUUGGUGAAUUUUAGUUUAAUGCAUUUGUUUUAUUUCUCUUUACAUUUUCAUAGUGCUGGAGUUAGAAUAUACCAAUUACUAAGAAUGAAAGCUUAGAUAAUUUCUAGGUGUUACAGUAAAUUUAUACCUCUGAAUCACUUGGCUAAGAAAGAACUGUUCUUUAUUGCAGAGGUCCAUUUUUUGGUCUAUGAGAUUAUAAAAGCUGUGUUAAGAUGUACACAUCAAGGUUUGGGUACUUUAAAUAGUCACAAGCAUGCAUUUAUUUGAAGUACUGAUUUGAAGAAGAAUUAGACCAGGCCAGCGCACGUUUAACGUGUUUCAGAACCGCUGGGUUCCUCCUGUUGGACGUGACUCUCAGGGGUACACCUUGUCACCUCGUUUCUUUGCUCCCCCAGGUCUGAAGCACAGAAGCAUGCUUUCCACUGAGCCUCACGCUACCACCUGUGAUACAGAAUGUCUCUAAGUGAGAACAACAGUGUGGUGUUUGCCUAUGAAUCUUCAGUGCACAGUACCAACAUACUCCUCAGCCUCGAUGAUCAGCGAAAGCAAGAUAUCCUUUGUGAUGUUACAAUUUUAGUGGAAGAUCAGCGAUUUCGGGCCCACAAAGCUGUGCUUGCAGCUUGCAGCAGUUACUUUCUUUCAAGAAUUGUGGGCCAGGUGGACGCUGAUCUUAUCAUCACCUUACCGGAAGAGGUAACACUUAAAGGAUUUAGUCCUUUGCUUCAGUUUGCGUAUACAGCAAAACUUGUUUUAAAUAAAGACAAUGUGUCCGAGGUUUGCAAAUGUGCAGAAUUUCUGGGUGUACACAACAUUGAGGAGUCCUGCUUUCAAUUUCUCAAAUUCAGAUUUUUGGACUUUAAAUUGGAUCAGCAGGAAUGUCCUAGGAAGAAGUGUUGCACACAGCAUUGUCAGAAAGCAAACCCUAAAACUGGCAAUGUGGAUGAUGCAGACCUAGAAAUAAAUUAUGAAGUAGAAGCACUUCUAGAAAAGGAAUAUAGUCAAAUUCCUGACACAAAGCCCUGUAAAGAUGAAGAAAAUGCUAAAUCAUCACCUGUUCUCCAAAAUAAUGCCAAUCAAAACUGUGAUCCUAUACAUUUAGAAAGGGGUAGUGCUUCCAGCUUAUCUUCCCAAUGCCCAAAGUACAGAAAAUUCCAGAAAGCCUUUGGAAAUGACAAAGUUAAUACUUCAGAGUCCAGUUCCAGUAUUAAAGAUGUUCAGGUACCACCAUUUGCAACUUCUCUUGAGAAGGAAAUACCUGAUAAUGAUGGUAUACAAAAAGCUCAGGAGUGUGUGCCUAUGCAGCUGAUCUCAAACUGUGAAGAGACUCAGGUAGAAAUGGAGGAAGGGGAAGAAGGCAUUCAGAAAAAAGAAGAGUCAAGGAGAGAUUCUGCAACUCGGAAUGUGUCAUGUCCUGUGGAGAAAAUGGAUCUUGCUGCUUUCCCCCAAAACUCUGCUGCACCUCAUGGACUCAAUUCUGUGUCUAUUUUACAUAGUUGUGAGCAAUAUGGUAACUUGAAUUUCAGUAGUAUGCAAAACAACACGGUCUUAGCUGAAAAAACUGUGUUAAGUACUGGAGCUGGAAAUGACAAAACUGAAAGUCAAGGUAACCCAUCUUCAAAGGUGGAUUUGUGCAUUAGGGAAGCCACUAGCAUCACCUCAGCUGGAGAUCGAAGCAGUGUGGAAAGAGAGAUAGCAGAACAGCUGGCACAGGGGUUCUGGAGUGAUGUUCACAGCACAGAUGCCUGUCAAAUACAUUUACCACCUGCAGUUUCUAAAGAGUAUUUGGAGCCCACGUACUCGGGGAAAAAACCAGAGUGUCCGUGGCUGGGGAUCAGGAUCAGUGAAAGCCCUGAACCUUGCUCUCAGCGAACUUUUACAACACUGAAUUCAGUCAAUUGCCCCUUUAUAAGCAAUCUUAGCACUGAAGGAUGUUCCAACACCUCUGAAAUAAACAGUGGAGAUUAUGUUCAGGGACAGCAACAAGAACAGUGUCCCUAUAACUAUGUGAUAAGUCUGGGAGAGGAUUCGGAGACUGACACUGAGGGAGACAGUGAAUCCUGUUCAGCAAGAGAGCAAGAAUGUGAGGUAAAACUGCCGUUUAAUGCACAAAGGAUUAUCUCACUUUCCAGAAAUGACUUCCAGGCAUUUCUGAAAAUGCAUAAAUUAACUCCUGAACAAUUGGACUGUAUUCAUGAUAUCCGAAGAAGAAGUAAAAACAGAAUUGCAGCGCAGCGAUGUCGCAAGAGAAAACUUGACUGUAUACAAAAUCUUGAAUCUGAAAUUGAAAAACUGCAAAAUGAGAAGGAGAAUUUGCUGAAGGAAAGAAACCACAUUUUAUCAACUCUGGGUGAGACAAAGCAAAAUCUGACUGGACUUUGCCAACAGGUGUGUAAGGAAGCGGCCUUGAGUCAAGAGCAAAUACAAAUACUUGCAAAAUAUUCUUCUUCAGAUUGUCCACUCUCAUUUUUGUUCCCAAAAAGAGAACAAGCAGCUCCAUCUGAUAGUGAGCUUGUGCUGCCAGCAUCUGUAGAAUCAGCAAAUGGUGUUUCAGGUGUCCCACCUACAGCUGAGCAGAGUUCCUGUUAUCAGUGUGUCAAAAGCGUGUGUGAGGCCGCGUACGAUCAAGUACAAGAACUGCAUCCAGUUCCUGCCAGAGCAUCGGAGCAAACGUCGCUCGUGGAGCCGUGUGGACAGAACAGCGGCAUCACAGACUUCUGCCAGCAAAUGAGUGACAAAUGCACUACAGAUGAAUGAAUCUCUCCUUCCCAUUGCCAGCCUCUCAGCAUUGCAACAACAAGUGGGAUUGAGCAUUAUUGGAAAGUAACUUACUAAGUGAAAGAAACGACAAAAGUUUAAUCUUUUGAAGCUAUAUUGACAAUUACAUGAUCACCAUUAUUACUUGGCAAGCUUUGUGUUUGUUCUGUGUAGUUCCAGAACAUAAUUUGUAUGUGUCAGCCUUGGAGCUUUUUCUGUGUGGUGAUGCCAAGGAGGGUUCAGGAAAGCUGUUGGAAAGUACAAAUUCCAUGCACAGGUGCUUAUUUGUGAGGAAAUUUUGUUCACGUGUAGAGCAGCCUACUCUGAUUUAUGCCACAGUACUUAAUGUUACUCUGCAUUUUAAGGAAAGCCUCAUGACAGCUGUUUAUGCGCAAUGACUUCUAUACCUGGAAUUCUUCUAAGACUUCUUUUUUCCUGGUAGACAAACCUUAAAAGCAUAUAUAGCUCUGUAAAUGUUCAUUUUGUAGAUGGGCUGUUACAUGACAGGAUGAGGAGAUUGUGAAAAGUGCACUCUGGUAUAGCUCCUUGCUUCCUGCUGCUCCCCUCCCCAUCCCAGAGAAGACUUUACUGAAUUAAAGUAGUAGGCUACUAGUAGUAGUAGAAUUGAUUGGUAGUAGGCUUUUAUUGAGUAAGUGGUUUUGUCCUGUCGCUGGAGUACAGAAUUAAAAGAACUGGAGCAGCAGAGGUGCUGCCACAUACUGCUCUCUUCUCUAAAUGUAGUGGGAGGAAUAACAACGCACUGUGGAAGGCAGACAUCUGAAACUGGUGCAGUUCUUGGAUGAGUGUGCAUUGGAUCCUCUGGCAUCUGAAUCCCAUAGGCUUAUUAAACUCACAGUUGUAUUGUGACUUCCUGUCCUAGCACCUUCAAGCUUGCUGCUUGUUUGUGGCAAGUUGGAAUCAAAGUAUUGUGAAAGUCUAAGGACAGACUUUUUUUUUUUUAAGGUAUUCAGGCACCACAUUUUUUUCUUUCAGUGCCUAACUGCCUCAAGUAAGUUACAAAUAUUUGUUCUCUGAUCACUGGGACCAGUAAAGUUCAAUUUCAGAAUCAAUCUUCAGGAUACUUGAUGGCUAAACCUGUAGUAUAUUUUCAAUGGCUUGUGCUGUUAGCAUAGAUAUAUUAAAAGUUUAUUGAAGAAAUUAGCUGGAGUUACUUCCUUAUUACUUGGUGAAGGAGAAAUUCAGCUACUGAAAAUAAUCCCCAUUUUCUAGAUUUUUACAUAGCAGUGGAUGCAUAUUGUAUACCAAUGAUGUUUUGUUAUUGAGAUGCUAUUCUCACACCAGAACUAAGUAUUGAACCUCACCACAGAAAACUUUGGGUUUGCUGGUUUACAAAACAUGAAGAAUCUUGUACAAGCCAGUGGAAUUCUUCAUUUCCUACCUCAGAAUGUGUAUUAGCUUUUUGUGUCUUUGUGUGCAUGUACAGUAGGCAGCAACUAAGCAACAGCCCUUGUAAAUACUGCUUUUCAGUUUUACCUUGCAGCAAGGCAAAACUUGUUCUUGGCAAGGCUCUUUUUUUUCCUCUCCCCAGCAUCCAUAGGUAACAUAGCAUUAAUAAAUACAGUAAGCCACUUAUUUAAAACAAAAAUUUAAAAAUUAACAGAUUUCAACAGGACUUCUCAUAACCAGCACGCAACACAAAUGACUACACUACCUCACCUAUGGGACUGAAAGUUGAUUCAAAUCUCUAGUGAAUCCUGGGAUUUUCAUCAUGUAUCAUUACUUUUUUAAGGGAAAAAAUAUGCUGAUGGCGCAUAGCUUGUAUAAAUCACAGUGCUUGCAGUAAUUGAAAUUCAGAAAUAAAUACUACAUGGCAGACAUGAUGAUAAUUGGAUUGAAAUUCUUUUAAAUUACAUAAUUGAGAUAUGAUGAUCCUGUAUAUGUAUUACUUCAUGAAGCUCUCUGGGCUUUUUCUUCAGUUUCUGUAGAUUCCUGGUUAAUUUAAUCCUGUCUCCCUCCCACACUGCCACCCUGGGAAGCAUUUUGCUCUUAUGUCUCCAUUUUGUUUAAAAAAGCAAACCAAAAGGAAAUAAUAAAAAACAAAAUUCAAAGCCCAAACCUCUACUGUUCAUAACUACUAUCACUUUUAAAGCUGGUGAUAUUCUGAAAUGACGUGGACAAUGGCAUUAAAACAUUGUCCUAGUAGUGCACAUAGUUGGAAAUAGAAUUCCUUGGGUGAAGUCCUUAUUAUAACAAGGUGGAGCGUCUUUGUAGGGAAUGGCUGUCUGGGAGCUUAUCCAGUGGCCCAAAGGCCUGACACACUUCGCUGCAGAUGUUGGAACACGAGGUCAGUGAAGACCAAGUGUGAGGCUGCAAUAUCCCUGAAGAGUUGUGCUCCACUGCUGGAGUCUGGGGAUCAGCCACAGCCUGAAUUGCAUGUAGCUGAUGGUGGAGGGAUUCCAGGGCAGGAAUCAUGGCAGUCAUUGACCUAUGAUAAAAGUAACAUCAUGUUUUUAAACCUGAUAUGAACUUGAUGAAGUUUGAGGGUAGGUUUGUGCCUGACCAGCUGCAUCUAAUUAAUUUUUAAAAUAUUUAUUUAAUACCAUAGACCUACAAGUUGCAUGUUGACUUCUAUAAGCCUAUAUCAUCAACUUGCAAAUGUUAUGAAUGAAUGACAAUUUUAUGAUACAGAAUUCUCAGGAAAAUGUUUUUGGAGUUUGGUUUUAUUUUUUUUCUCUUCCAGUAAAGAAAUAUUCAUUUUUGAAAUUGUAAAAUACUUUGUUAAAGCAUGUUUUAAAAUACUUUGAACAGACUAUCUUAAAGCCAUAUGGUAUGAUGGCAUACAGAUUGUAAAAUAAACAGAUAAUUACAACA